AUGUGUAUAGAUUACCGGCAAUUGAACAAGGUAACAAUUAAGAAUAAGUAUCCACUGCCGAGGAUUGAUGAUUUGUUCGACCAGCUUCAGGGUGCCAGGGUAUUUUCCAAGAUUGAGUUGAGAUCUGGCUACCACCAGUUGAGGAUUAGGGCAUCCGAUGUCCCUAAGACAGCUUUCCGUACUCGGUACGGGCAUUACGAGUUCUUGGUCAUGUCGUUUGGGUUGACCAAUGCCCCAGCAGCAUUUAUGGAGUUGAUGAACCGAGUAUUCAGGCCAUAUUUGGAUAGGUUCGUGAUAGUCUUUAUUGAUGAUAUUUUGGUGUACUCCCGCAGCCAGGAGGAGCACGAGCAGCACCUUAGAGUGGCUCUUCAGACUCUGAGGGAUAGUCAGUUAUAUGCCAAGUUCUCCAAGUGUGAGUUCUGGCUGAGUUCAGUAGUAUUUUUGGGUCACAGGUCUCGAGUUCGAGCCCCUGGGUAUGGCGACGUCUUUGUUAGGGAGCAAGGGUGUGAUGGAGGAGUAGAGGUGACUGGAGAUGAAGAGGAAACCAGUAUGGGUACAGUAGUAUCAGGAAUAGUGAAGAAGUGGGUUUGUGGUGGUGNUCCCAAUGUGGGACUUCCCCUCACGAAUCUGCAUUAG